GAACGUUGGAUGUGGAUGAGAGAAGGAUGUCAGCUGUGCUGGUGACGGGGGAGUGAGGGUGUGCGGCAAUAGGACGGGCCCAAUAACAGUUGUCCAGUUGGUGUAGACAGGAUCUGACCAUACUGUGACAGCACGGACCUUCGCCAGUCGCACUGACCAGCGGUAUGUGAAAAGAUACUGUAGUCAUGGGAAGUCAGUCCAUGGUUUCAGAAGUGUGAUGGAGUACUGGGCUGGGAGUCCACCACCCCUGUAUGCCAAAUGUGGGACUGUUCCUGGACGAAACUUUGCACAUGCGUAUCAGGACAAGCAUCGGGCUGCAGAUGUUCAUCCAUACAUCUGUGAGAGGCAAGACCAGGGAAGGGAGCCCAGCUGUUGGACGGUACCAGGCUCUAGGACUGGAGGGGUCCUACAGGAUUACACUAAUUGGACUGAUCAAGAUCUAUCUGCCCCUCAUUUCCCCUUUGCUCUUGAAAGCCAGGCCCAACAGCUCCAGGGUCUGAGGGACUACCAGGCGCAGGAGAGGAGAGAGAGAGAAUGGCUGGUGGGAGAGGUUCACAGAGCUGCAGCCAGGGACAGGGAGAGGGACAGGGAGAGUGAGAGGAGGAGGCAGAGGGAGGGGUGGCAGGCAAGGUGGGAGCCCUGGAGUCCUGUCCACUACAGAAGAGAGCCAGCCAAGAGGAGUCUGAGCAACAGUAGUUACCGGGAGCUGGAGGCCUGGGCAGCACGUUACAGUCACUCCCUCCCGAGGAAGAGGCGCCUGGAGGCAGGUCUGUGGGGUGUAGCCCACGGGUCACAAGACACUGACCGACUCCCGGAGAGAGUGCCAUGGGGCCACAGAGGUGGAGCGGAACCAAGAACAGGCGCAGCCCACCUAACCGGAGUGCCUUGUCAGCCGAGAGAGUGGGGACGUUGGGAGAGGAGGGACACACAGCCGGCCGUGUCUCACCGGGGGUCUCAGUUAGUGACCCCUGAUAAAACAUACCCGUCCGACACCAAGGAGAACGAGUCCCGCUACCAGAAGAGGGGGUUUAGUCAACCGCCAGGCUACAUUCCACCUCCGCCUUAUAACACCCCACACAGCAUUUCACCCGCAACGCAACGUGAUGAGAAAUACACCGCUAAAGAAGCAAUGGCUUCAGCGUAUGCCACUUGGGACUGGGGAGCCAGCAGACACACAUACAGUACACUGCCUACACCAAGGAAGAAAGACUACUCUGUACUAGACUUUCCCAGGGAAAGGGGAGGGGCAGGUGAGUUCAUAAAUGAAGAGUGGAAACAGAGGACCUGGUCUGAUCCUGGAGGCCACAGGCAGACGGGACGGGCUGUAACUGGUCAGUGGACUGGCUCUUCGGCCCAUCCACAGAACACGCCAGUCCAGUCUCAUAGCCUUUCACCACCGCAACAGUGCCUGGAACAGCCUCAGGCGGUCGCACUCAGUGAGACGGACUCCCACAGUACCAACACAGAAAGAGAGGUCAGUCUUAAGAAAAGGAGAGGCCGGGAGACCAUAUUUUGCUUGGUGUCUCGCAUGGGUGGAGUAGCAGGGCUGUCAAGUUCUCCUGAGGAACCACAUAAACCCCUUUCCCUGCCACUCUUCACCACGUCGCCUCUGACCGCUGUGUCAAACAGCGAGUUAGGCAGGGCAUCUCAAAACGUAGAGGAGCCUGAUGCUAGUAAAGAUUCGCCCGAGCUUGCAGACGAAGUGGAUUCAGCGGUGCAAUUCCUCCAGCCUGAUUCUAGGGUUACAACCCAGACCCCCGCCUCUGUAAGGAACUGCAAUAACAAACCUAACCUGAAGGGGGCACUAGAGUGGAAGGGGAGUGAGCAGAUAGCAGCACACAGGGAGGAGCUUCUAAGGGCCAUUCGAAGAAGACCUAAGCUUCAAGGGGAGGAAACAGACAUACACCGCCUGCCCAAUACGACGGACAGUGAAGUUGUCUUGCCAGAAGGCACCAGUGUUAAAGCUUUGUCACCUGUGUCCAGGAGAAAAGAGAUGCAGACACUGGCUCCUGUGUCAGCCAAGUACCCCUUAUGGAGGGAACCCAGUUCCACAGGCAGAGUCAAGAGUGAAAAUCCUUCACCUUCCUACUUGACCUGCGAGGGUGAGCUGAUUAAGAAUCUGGAUAAUGAUUGUACAGAAAAUAGACAUGAUGUUAGAACUCAUCCCCACAAUGUUGAAGUGAGGCAACUAGAGCUCAAGAGGGACACAGAGUCUGACAGUAGCAGUGGUCUGCUGGUCAUCGAUGCGACUUGUGUUGUAGUCAGAGUGGAGUUCAUUUUUCCUCCUAAAAUAGAACAUGUCCAGUAUUUGUGCUCACCAACUCCUAGUGAACAAACUGAGCCUGACCCCAGCCCCCCUAUCAACCCCAUGGAAACAGAUAAAGAAAUCCAGGAUGAUACUACACCUACACCUGAUCAGACCAUUGAUAAAUCAGCCCCGAUUUGCUCCCUGUUAGAUAUGAAGGAGUCUGUGACUAGUUUUGAAGAGCUAUAUCUACAGGAGAAGGUGGAUGAAGAGCAUCAUAUUUCCUCUCACACAUCUGUCAGUGAAACAGACAUACCUCAGCAGUCAGAGGAGACCAACCAACUCGCUGAAUCACUAUCUUCCUCAACUUCAGUCCCUGAGAGUGAGACCUUGGAGGAGCGUGCUGAGAGGAUUUUGGGGAUCCCGUUUCAGAGCUCUUGUGUUCUGGAUAAAACAGAAAAUAAUGAGAUGAAACAGCUGACAAAAGAUGAGAAGGAUGAAGAUACUCCGGAGGAGCAAGUGUCAGAGCCGUCACCUGAGACCGAAGAGGAUGUUUCUGUUAUUGACAGUGACGUUCUUUCAUAUGACCAGUCUUCAACAGACAUGCUCGAAGAGUCCAAGAUGGAGCAGAGGGGACAGAUAUGUGAUGUCUCUGUGGAGAACUCCAGUAACUGCUUGUUGGACGUAAAGGUUAUGCCAGACAGAGAUAGUGAAAACAAGCUCCCAUUUGAUCCCUGGCAUGAAGCUGGCCAAUUUGGUGAUGUUUUUUUCCCACCCAUCUCAUGUUGCCCCAACUUACCUCUGAGUUUCUCCAAUCCUCCCUCACAUUCAUCUACAGAUGCUGUGUCCCUGAAUAAUUCCAGACCCUCCUCUCCAUCUCAUCUCUUGUUAACUUCACCCUCCCAGUUCAUUUCUUUAUCUCCACAUCCUGGCACUGAGUCCUCCUCUCUCUCUGAUGAAUUUCCACUCUAUCCCUCAGAUGGAAAUGUACCCGUUUUCCCUGCUUCCUGUACACCUGAACUUUCAGAUUCCUUGUCCCGAUUACCCUCUCCCCCUCCCUCUCACUCAGCCCACCCCUCCUCCUCCAGUACUCCUCCUCCCUCAGGCCCCCACUCCCCUUCGAGUUCUCCUCCUCCCUCCACUUCUGUGCCCCCCUCCACCUCCAGUACCCCUUCUCCUUCGGUUCCCCACUCCCCCUCAAUCCCACUCUCCUCCUGUAGUUCUCCUCCUCCACCUCCCUCAAUCCCCCACUCCCGCUCCAGUUCUCCUCCCCCUUACACAGCCCAGCUCUCCCCCUCCAUUUCUCCCCCUCCCCCAAUCCAUCUUUCCCCCUCCAGUUCUCCCCCUCCAACUCACUCACUCUCCCCCUCAAGAUCUCCUCCCCUUCCAGACCCCUCCUCUAGAGCAAAGAGUCCAGAGAUAGUAGGCAAGGCUUUUACCCCUGUCUUGUCCGCGUUCACCACACCCACCACAUAUAUAGAGGAACCCCGAUACCCAAAGGCCCUCUGGGAUGCAGUGAAAUGCAUCCGUAAGCAUACAGCGCCUGAUUCAGAGAAUGAGGAGGAGGGUUGUGAGCCGUGGGGUCCAGAGAGUGUUGCUUCGGACGAUGCUGCCCUAGAUGACCUUGAUUUGGGUUUAGGGGAGAUGUCUCAGAGAAGAGAAGAGAACGUGUCCAGCUCUAGGGGAAGCCCUCUGGAAGUAGCAGAAGACAUGGAGGCGGAAAGGGAUCUAGACAUGUUGGUAACGUCAACACGUGGUGAAAGAAGCAGCGAGAAGGAGCCCAGCGGGCCCGCUGAAGAUGACACACUGUCCUGCAGCAGUACAGACAGCCACGGCUCAGGAGACACUGUGAUCAUGGGGGCAGAUGGAGAGUCUGAGGAGGAGACAGAGACUGAGGAGGAGACCGAUUAUGAAGCUGACAUCAUCAGUGAGGAGGAGGAGCCCAACCCCAACAUAGGGCACUGUGUUACUGCUGGACAGGAAUGGAGCUGCACCGUGGGGCCUAAGAGAUACGUCGUAGUGGAGGGGCAGGACGAGGGAGACAGGGAGCUGAGAUCCACAGCGGAGCCUCAAAAUGAGGGAUCUUGGUCUGAGAUACAGGCGACAACACAGCAAGUGGAGGGAACGGUAGAGUGUGAGAAGUCUGACGGAGUGAGAAACUUGGAAGGAACGGAGAACAGAGGUUUGUUUGGUGUUAUGGCAUCUGAAGAGGCUGGUGGUGGUAUGGGUGACCAUCAUUUGAAUCAUCCCUAA